AUGGUGCAAACUGAAGCCAUGUAUUAAUUCAUAGAUGCGUACAAAGUGGCGAUACAGACUCAUACAUACAGUAUAACCGGAACAACACUCCAAGGGGAAGAACAUCCUUCGGGACAAAACCUAUCAAGAACUAAGAUAAUGCAUCGCCGAUGACUGUAGCUAAACCUGAAAGGAGGAAAUAACAAAACAUGCUAGACUAAAUGCAGAUAACAUAGAACAUUCAGUAGGCUCCAGUACUGAAGAACGAAGUGAGUUUCAGCUACCCAUUUUGACAUGCCAUUUGCUCCAAUUCGAUUCGAUGUUGCUCAGAAAAAAAUGUUGCAUAUAUGACAUUGGCCCUAACUAGGAAGCUAUAUUUUUUUUUGACUUGACUAGGAAGCUAAUUAAGGUCAAGAUGAUCACAGACUAAAACUAGUAGGAAGCUAAUUAAUGUUGCGUUUCCCUUUUUCCUUUUUUCUUUUUCUUUUGAUUUUGAGGGUACCUAUUAUUCUUUUUCUUGGAGUAAAUUUUGCCUCUCCAUUUUAAGAGUUUUUUUUUGAGAAAUCUCCAUUUUAAGAGCUGGAUUGGAAUGGGCAAGUCUUUUUUCGCGGGCCGUCCUGGAGACCAGCCCACUAAGAAAUUUAGGUCCGUUCAUACUCUGGCCUAAAUUUCUUGUAUAGAUGGGCCCAGGAACCCUAAAAAAACACUAAAAAGGAACCCUAAAAAAAACUAAAAAAAAGAACCUAAAAAAAAGGACCCAUCUAUCCAUCAUCGACCGCUAACCUCUUUUCAUCCUCCGGCCACCCGCGAUGACGCCGCCGCCGCCACGGCUGCUCGCCGGCGGCGACCACAGUCCGCCCCCCACGUCAACCUCCUCCCCGGAGCACCCUCUCCUCUCCGCUCACCUCCUCCUCCCCGACCCAUCCCCCUCCGAUCUCUCCUCUCCGCACCUCCCCCACGCCCUAGCCUUCUCCUUCCUCACCCACCCGUCCCCUCUCCCGCGCCGCCUGCUCCUCCUCCUCCACGCCGCCGGGGGCCGCUUCCCCGCCUUCUACCACUCCUUCGCCUCGGCCCUCCUCUCGCUCCCCUUCCCCCUCCUCCUCCCCCACCCACGCGCCCGCCUCCUCCUUGCCGCCGCUGAGCUCACCCGCGCGGCCGCGCCGGGCUUCGCGCCCCUACUACUCUCCCUCCUCCGCCGCGUGCCCUUCCCCGGAGACGCCCGCCUCCCCGACCUCAUCCGCGAGCAUUCCUCCUUCCUCGCCGCCGAGGAGCCGCAGCUCCUCGCCUCCGCCGUCUUCGCCUUCCUCCGCCUCCUCGCCAGGAACCGCCUCGCCCCGUUCCCCAGGAGCGCCGAGUGCAGCAACUGCGAGGAGUGCAAGAGCGCGAAGAACCUCGAAGAGUGCGGAGAGAAGCUGGUAUCCUUCUGCGUCUCGGUGCUGCGGGACCACUUCCAGGUGUGCACGCUGAUCGGGAGGGACCUUGUGCGGUCGCUCCAUGAACUGGUGCUCGUGCCGGAGUUCCAGGGAUUUUGGAAAGACUUGAUGCUGGCCCGCAACACUGACAUCUGCCGGGUUGUCACUCCAGGUUGGUGCACAGCCUUGUCUAUCUCGCCGGAGAUGGAGACGCAACUGCUGUUCAUGAUGAGCAAUGUGAAGUGGGGAGGCCAGAAGAGGUACCAGCUGUGGUUUGCGAGGAAGCAUUUGAUGGUGCCUGGAGGGGAGGAGAGGAUACCGGACAUUGUCCGGUUCAUAUGCUGCGGGUACCACCCGACCAAUGAGGUUAUACAGUCCGGUGUCAUUGCCCGCUGGGCGGUCAUCGGUUGGUUGCUGACUAGUUGCAGCAAGGGGUACAUUGUAGCGAAUGCGAAGUUGGCGCUGUUCUACGACUGGCUGUUUUUUGAUGAGACUAAGGGUAACGUCAUGAACAUUGAGCCCGCAAUGCUUCUGAUGUUGAACUCAAUAUCUCAGUAUGUAGAUAUCACAAACGUGCUACUUGAGUUCUUAUUUCUUCUGAUUGAGAACUAUGAGGUGCGGAGGAAGGAGGCCAUCGAGCAGUGUGUGAGGUGUGCAUUUAUAGUGCUGGUGAAGAAAGGAGUGCUCCCAUCAUUGGAGUUGUUGACAGGCUGCGAGAAGCUGUCGCCAUUACUUAGGCAGAAGCUUGUGGCAUUUUUAUCUAGUACCACUCCUGUAGCAGCUGUAGAAGCUUGCUUGAAACCGAUUAAUGAGGUUUCUAAAGCAGCAGAGUUGAAGAAGAGAGUUUGCUCCAACUAGAUGUCACAACGGUAUGUGUCAAGAAUGAACUGCAGUCAGCACCAAUCCACCAAUACUUCAACCAUGUGAAUGAUCUGAGAAGGCAUACAAAGAGGAAUUACAAGACCGCACCAAUUUACCAGCAAUUCAGGUGAAGACAUCCCUUGAGCAAGAAAAGAAAAAGGAACCUGGAGUUUGGGCUCAUCAUCGGCUUGCCCUUGGACCUACAAACCUGGUCCUCACCAAUAUGCACAGAAUAUGUUAAAUCAAAAGCUACUGUGCGAUUCAAACUACAUUAGAAGUCAAUUCAAUUCCGUUCAGUUAAUACUGAUAAUGCCAAUUUUUAAUUUCUGCUGAUUGAAAACUAUGACAAGUGAAGAGUUUCUCAGCCGAUGCUAUAUCUGAUUAAUCUGAAGCAUGAAAUGAAUUUAAUUGAAGGGUAGACCGCUUCUUGUGAUUCAUUAUCAUUUGAAGCUAAUUGAAGUGCUGGCAGCAAAGCAACAACUCUCUGCACACACUCAUCAUCUGCUUGAACUGAUGAAAGAAGCCUCAUGGCCCUUUUGACAACACCAAGAUAAAUACACAGUAUGUGGAUUGAAUGAUGUGAUCAGACUUCAAGACCUGGUGGCAUGUGCAGCACAGGCAUCAUGCACAUUAAGCUUGUGAUAGCGAGUGUUUUUGUUCAGGCAUGCUAAUACACCUCAUGGGAGAAGUCACAUACACCAUAGGGAGUCUCUAUUGAUGUAUUUCUGCGGAGUUAUAGGACAUCGUCUGAUCUAAGUAGGCCAACCUUAUGUACUUGUAAACUACUCCCUCCGUCCGGAAAUACUUGUCAUCAAAAUGAAUAAAAGGGGAUGUAUCUAGAUGUAUUUUAGUUCUAGAUACACCCCUUUUUGUCUAUUUGAAUGACAAGUUUUUUUGGACGGAGGGAGUAUUUGUAAUUACUGGCUUUUGUUAUUCAGUAGUAAAAUCCCUUUCAUCGUAUUUUGUGUCUUGUCCUUUCGUUGAGGGCACUAGGUGCCACAUACCAACUCGCUCUCGGAUGUUAAUGUUUAUGGUGAGUAGACAAAGGUGCCAAAUUCCUUUUCUGCUUUACGCUUUAAACUUUUAUCAAACACCUCCAGUCUGGAAAA